CUUACCCGAUAAAUGAAUCUUCAGUAUAAAAACCAAAACCCCCUUCUCAUGAAGCAAGUUCGCAGUUUCGACCUCAUCGUUAUCGACAUCGUACCUACGUUCUGGUUGUAAGCAGAUCGUGUCGCGUUCAGCUUCGACAAAAGAUGGCAAACAAUGAGGAUGGAGAGGAAAAGACCUCUCGCGGGAAUGAAUGGGAGGUAGUAUCUCUUACGGCGUCAACAUAUGCAGCUGCUCCGGGUCCUAAUGAAGUUGAGUUAAAGGACGAUGACAAGGAAGAUGUAUAUGCACAUGCACAGGAUGAAGCAGAAACAUCGCAAGCUUUGUUCAUGUCUGGUCACUUUGUCUUUCCACCAAACCAGCAUGAAAACCUGCCAUUGGAACCUGAGUAUAGUGAGAUUCAUGAUGAAUCUGGAGACAAAGAUCUUACCUAUGAUGAAGAGACUCAUGGAGAAGGGACCAGACCUAGUGGAAAGGAUGAAGAAAACUUGACAUUAGCGGGAUUGAAUGUUUCAGAGGAGUUUGAGGGUAUACAAUAUUUUGAUGAGAAAAUCAACAGGUUAUCUGCUCGUGGUAAACAGUUUGAGGAAGGGACAACUCUACCAGGUUUUGGUUUGACUGAAAAAGAGGAAAGUAUGUAUGACCCUGCAAAAUAUACUUCUUUCCACAGUGAAACAACUAUUGUUGGUGUAACUCCAUAUGGUGAAAGCAUGAUGGAGUCUGAAACAACCGAAGCAGCAGAGCAAGGAUCAAAUCUAUCUCCUGAUUUAUCACUUUCAAAGAACUCUUCCAAAGAUGACAAAUACAACCCUUCAGAUCUUCCUUGUGGAGCUUGGUGGAAGCGAAGAGCUGCCUCCUUAUAUGCUCAUGCAAAAGAGGCAAAUGCAUUCUGGUCUGUUUUCGUUGCAGCUACAGUAAUGGGCCUUGUAAUGCUCGGCCAUCGCUGGCAGCAGGCAAGAGCUUUAGAACUAAAGUUGCAAAUCAGUGCAAAUGAUGAGGUGACAAGCAAGGUGCUUGCUCCCAUAUUUCGACUCAAAGAUGUCAUUGUUGGUGGCCACCGUCGUGGCUCCUUGGUCAGGGGAAGCUCCUCUGGUGAAAGUUAAAGAUGACUUGGUGCAUGUAACUCCUAUUGUUGUGGUAAAAGCUAAAGAUGAUGACGAAAAAUUGUAUGUCAGAGAGAGGUUGAGAAUGAGAAAUGCUAUAGUUGUGAAGUGGAGGAUUGAUUGACCUUUCCCAAUUAUGAAUGCCGGAUUGUUAAAAACAUUUUAUAUUGUGAAUUUUCUUGGUCUUUGACUUGAUAUGCAUUGUAUAGCUCUGGAUGUUAUUCAACUUAGUAAGUCAUGUAUUCUGAUUAUGUGGAAUUGGCAGUUUAGACACCAAA